UGAUGCACUCACAGAGUAAAAAUGCAAACCAACAGCUUUGCAAUGUUCUGUUAUUUGUAAAGCAUAGACAUUACAUUGUUCUUUUUCCGAAUAUUCAAUUGGACUACACUGGAAUGUUCUCUUAAUUGUAAAGCAUCAAUAAUACACUUUUUUUGAAAACAUGGUUUUUGGUUUUAAACAUCGACAUCAGCAUGUCCGUUACAGCAGAACGUUCUUAACGCAAUCUUCUUUAUGAUGCUUCACGAUUCAAUUAAAUUCUUCUGUUGACUGUAAAGCACAAACGUCAGAAUGUUCUGUAUAAAAUUAUACCACAGCCUGAACCCGAAUGCUCGAAUCUGAUUGGUCAGAAGGUGUGUAUUAUUUGUGUAUAACCGCACGACUCGGAUAGUAGUUCCGGCUGUAGCACGGACGACAAGUCAGUAAUAAUGUGCUCAUUCUAACACGUUAUUGUUUCUAUCCUAAAAGCUCAUACACACGGACUUGUACGAUGGAUGCUCAAUAUAAACCAAGACUCAUAAUAACCAGAUUAAAUUGGCGGAUUUAAAAAAUGUGCUGUUGUUUAGCAAAGUUAAACGUGUAAUCGUUGAUGUGGUGAUGUUUUUGUUAGGAGACAUUUAUUUAACGUUUAUGGAAGAAGUCUCUGUUGUAAGCACUUUGUAGCAGUUAAAGUUUCCCAGCUCUGGAAAAUCUUCAGUACAGAGGAGUUUAUGUUUUCCAGUUUCUUGGUAAAGUGACAGGCUGAGAGAGAGAGAGCGAGAGAGCGAGAGAGAGAGAGGCUGGUGAGGGAACAACUCUUUAUCGAAGCUAUAAAAAAGUGAGAACAGGAAUUAACUUGUCUCUUGGAAGUUUCACAACAUUAAAUCAAACUAUAAUUUUUUUUAAAUGUGCGAUGUGUCAUUCAUUAAUAAAUUAAACAUUGCAAACGCUGGCAAAUCACUGUGGUAUAAGUGGAAUAACACACUCCAGACAGUGCAGUUAUAGAAUAAUCCACUUCAGGGGUAGCGAUAAUCCACUCUUCCGCAUAUUCUUUAUAAAAUUCCAUAUAUAGUAUGUUUGGUAAUACUUUAUUUAAAGUUUUCCUACACUGAGCUUUUGUAACAUACAUUCCUAUGUGUUCCUGCCUCCCCGGUUCGAUCCUGAGCUCGGGUUACUCUCUGUGCACAGUUUUACAUGUCCAUGUUGGUUUCCUCUGGGUUCUCUGGUUUCCUCCUACCCUCCAAAACGUACAGUGUGAGGAAUACCAGCAAGGUGUGUUAACAGGUGACCUAUGUGAAGACCUUUGCGUGGGCGGCCAUGUGGAAUACAAGCGCUGCCUCUACUACGAGAAUGGAAAGAAGGUCAUGGCGGCCAGCUGGCGAGGCGUGCCCGUCGUCCUCAAGUCCAAGCUCGAGAAUUUCUCCUCCUAUGAGGCUUUGGCUCUGCUGGAGUACCAGGACACAGCAGAUGAUGUCGGGGCUGAGGAGGAGCUGUCACCUCUGGAUGUGGUGUUUUAUGCAGCUUUGCAGAUUAAGAACUUGUUGGGUCUGGAGACUGGGAGUAACUUGACGCUACCAAGGCUUUGGGGCCAGAAACUAAAAAAAAGGUCCCAGUCGUAUUCGCGGGCUGAGCUGGCCUCGCUCUGGGCUCUGCUCCAACAGGAGGAAUACGCCUUUCUUCGUGUAAUGCAGGACCUGACGGACCACGUGGCCAAGGUCCUGGGCUCCUGCGGCCAUUUUUACGCAGUGGAAUAUCUUGCUGCUGGCCACGCAUGGGACCAGAAUAUCUUCUCGCUGGAGGAGUUCUCUCAGAGCCCAAAAAGUGAAGAAGGACAAACACUGACUGAGAUAGACAUGGUGCCUCGAGUUGCCCUGAGCUUCUUGGACAUGGUGGACCACUUUGAGAAUGACUUUUCUCAUCACUUGCACCUUUGUGAUAUCAAACCGGAAAACUUUGCCAUCAGGAAGGACCUGACGGUGGCAGCUAUAGAUGUGGACAUGACCUUUUUUGAGCCCAAAAUGCAGGACAUUCUUGAGCAAAACUGCACCAACGACCAUGACUGCAAUUUCUUCGACUGCAUCUCUAAAUGUGACACAAAGAGAAACAAGUGUGGAUCAAAACGCAAAAACAGCAACCUUCAGGUGAUCUGUGAGAAGAUCUUCCGCUCGUGGUUCUCUCCCACGCUGCUGGGGGAUAAAGCGGGGCGCCCCCUUCAGGUGGAGCUCCAGCAGGCGGUGCAGGAUUGUGCGGAGACAGAGGGAGGAGAGGACGCAGAGCGCGCCCGGAAUAUAAGGUUGCACCUUAAGGGUCUCCUCACGCAACUCGUCCAGGAGGACUCGGCCAAUCAUCAGAGCCGAAAGCAAGCACACGCAAAACGCCGCAUCCAUACGGCACUCAAUUUCUGAGAGGUCACAUGAAAAUGGUGCUUAGUAGUGAUAAAAUAUUCGGAUUGAGUUCAUCAACAGUUUAUUGUUAAUUUCAUAUAGCUGGUUUACCCCCUCGACUGUAGUCACACUGUGGAGUUUUAAAUGUAAUAGUACUUAAACAACUAUGCUAUUAUAGCAGAGUUUCAAUUUUGUUCAUUAGAGAUAAAAAAAAAUAUUCUUAUGAAAUACUGGAUGUACUGUAAAUAACAGUUUUGUAUAGAAAAAUCAUAUGUAAAUUUGCAAACGCGUAAAUAAAACAAGCUCUUGUCAUCA